UUGCUCCUGCUGGCUCUGCUCCUGCUGCUGCUACCGACGCCCCCGACAUGCUCGCUCACCCCCCGGAUCAGCCUGAAGCUGGGCUCUGAAAAGCGCUCACUUCUCAGAUUUGAAGCUGACAGUAUUGCCAAUUACACGGCCCUUCUGCUGAGCAAGGAUGGCGACACUCUAUACGUGGGUGCUCGAGAGGCCCUCUUUGCACUCAACUGUAGCUGCAGUUUCCUGCCAGGCGGGGAAUACCAGGAGCUGCGGUGGCACGCAGAUACAGAAAGAAAGCAGCAGUGCAGCUUCAAGGGCAAGGACCCACAGCGUGAUUGUCAAAACUACAUCAAGAUCCUCCUGCCACUCAACAGCAGCCACCUGUUUACCUGUGGCACAGCAGCCUUCAGCCCCAUGUGCACCUACAUCAACGUGGAGAACUUUACAUUGGCGCACGAUGAGGCAGGAAAUGUCCUCUUGGAAGAUGGCAAGGGUCGUUGCCCCUUUGACCCAAAUUUCAAGUCUACAGCCCUAGUGGUUGAUUGUGAGCUCUAUACUGGAACAGUCAGCAGCUUCCAGGGGAAUGACCCAGCCAUCUCCCGGAGCCAGAGCUUCCGCCCCACCAAGACCGAGAGCUCCCUCAACUGGCUACAAGACCCAGCCUUUGUGGCCUCAGCCUUCAUUCCCGAGAGCCUGGGCAGCCUGCAGGGGGACGAUGACAAGAUCUACUUCUUCUUCAGCGAGACAGGCCAGGAGCUUGAAUUCUUUGAGAACACCAUCGUGUCCCGCAUUGCCCGCGUCUGCAAGGGCGACAAGGGUGGCGAGCGGGUCCUGCAGCAGCGCUGGACAUCGUUCCUGAAGGCCCAACUUCUGUGUUCUCGACCUGAUGAUGGCUUCCCGUUCAACGUGCUGCAGGAUGUCUUCACACUGACCCCCAGCCCUCAGGACUGGCGCAAAACCCUCUUCUACGGCGUCUUCACGUCCCAGUGGCACAGGGGGACCACAGAGGGCUCUGCCAUCUGUGUCUUCACCAUGGAGGACGUGCAGAGAGCCUUCAGUGGUCUCUACAAGGAGGUCAACCGGGAGACACAGCAGUGGUACACCGUGACACACCCAGUACCCUCGCCACGGCCUGGAGCGUGCAUCACCAACAGUGCCCGGGAAAGGAAGAUCAACUCGUCCCUGCAGCUCCCCGACCGGGUGCUGAAUUUCCUCAAGGACCACUUCCUGAUGGACGGGCAGGUCCGCAGCCGUAUGCUCCUGCUGCAACCCCGGGCCGUCUACCAGCGUGUGGCUGUACACCGCGUCCAAGGCCUGCACGAUGCCGCCUACGAUGUCCUCUUCCUGGGCACUAGUGAUGGCCGUCUGCACAAGGCCGUGAGCAUGGGGUCCAGGGUGCACAUCAUUGAGGAGCUCCAGGUCUUCCCCUCAGGACAGCCCGUGCAGAACUUGCUGCUGGACACCAACAGGGGGCUGCUGUACGCCGCCUCACACUCGGGUGUAGUUCAGGUGCCUGUGGCCAACUGCAGCCUGUACCAGAGUUGUGGGGACUGCAUCCUUGCCCGGGACCCUUACUGUGCUUGGAGUGGUUCCAGCUGCAAGCGCAUCAGCCUCCAACAGCCUGAGCUAGACCCCAGGUCAUGGAUCCAGGAUAUCAAGGGGGCCAACGCCAAGGGCCUGUGCAACACUUCUUGGUCCAGAUCUCGGAUGAUUGUUCCAACAGUCAAAACAUCUUGUGAGCAAGUCCAGUUUCGGGCCAACACAGUGAACACCUUGUCCUGCCCCCUCCUCUCCAACCUGGCCACCCGGCUCUGGCUGCACAACGGCGUCCCUGUCAAUGCCUCAGCCUCCUGCCGUGUGCUGCCCACUGGGGACUUGCUGCUGGUGGGCAGCCAGCUGGGCCUGUUCCAGUGCUUGUCGCUGGAGGAUGGCUUCCAGCAGCUGAUGGUCAGCUACUGCCCAGAGGUGGUAGAGGACGGGAUGGCAGAUCAAGCUGACCAGGGUGACAGUGUGCCUGUCAUUAUCAACACAUCGCGUGUGAGUGCACCAGCCAGUGGUGGCAAGGCCAGCUGGGGUGCUGACAAGUCCUACUGGAAUGAGUUCCUUGUGAUGUGUGUAAUGUUUGGGAUCUCUGUGGUACUUAUCUCCUUGUUCUUCCUCUAUCGGCACCGGGAUGGCAUGAAAGUCUUCCUAAAGCAGGGCGAGUGUGCCAGCGUGCACCCCAACAACCGCCCGUUAGUACAGACACCUGAGACCCGGCCACUCAAUGGUGUAGGUCCUCCUAGCACCCCACUUGAUCACCGAGGCUACCAGGCCCUGUCGGAUGUCUCCCCAGGACCCCGGGUCUUCACCGAGUCAGAGAAGAGGCCCCUCAGCAUCCAGGACAGCUUUGUGGAGGUGUCACCCAUGUGUCCCCGGCCCCGGGUGCGUCUGGGCUCUGAAAUCCGAGACUCUGUGGUGUGA